GCAAAGAAACGAGAUAGAAGACUUCUGCCGCCGGCAACACUAACUCAGGCGAAGUACAGCAAAGAAACGACUACUACUCAUUGAUCAUCGUCACCGGAUCAUCAGAUGAUGGAUCGAAAGAAUUCAAAGUUUAUGGAGCUUUACGGUUACGACCUUCUAUUAGGUUCAAUCGCUGCGUUUUACGUCUUCCUCGUUCCAUACACCAAAGUGGAAGAGAGCUUCAACGUACAGGCAAUGCAUGAUAUUCUGUAUCAUCAACAUCACUUGGAAAAUUAUGAUCAUUUGGAGUUUCCUGGAGUUGUUCCUCGCACUUUCAUUGGUUCUUUAUUGGUGUCAAUACUAGCAUUUCCUGCGACUUCAGUAAUCAGUUGGCUCCACCUACCAAAGAUUUACAGUCUUUAUGCUGUUCGCUUAGCACUGGGGUUUAUAAUAUUGUUGAUGCUACGGUUUUUCCGCUUGCAGAUUAAGCACAAGUUUGGUCGCCAAGUAGAAUUCUUUUUUGUGAUUUUGACAGCAGUGCAGUUUCACAUGCUUUUCUAUUGCACACGGCCUCUUCCCAAUAUAUUUGCUUUGGGUUUAGUCAAUUUGGCAUAUGGAUAUUGGCUUCAGGAAUCCUUUUAUGGAGCAUUAAACUCUUUGAUUGUUGCCACUCUUAUCUUUCGCUGUGAUAUUCUUUUGCUGCUUGCACCACUUGGCCUUGAGCUCUUACUGGUUGGUAACACAAGCUUUAGCACCUUUUCAUUUGUUCCAUCUCUUACUGCUCCGAUAUUCGCUGAGAUCUUAAAGGAUAUCAUCACAGGUCUUACGAUGCUGGUGGAUUCUGUUAUGUGGAGAAGGUUACUAUGGCCGGAAUUUGAAGUUCUCUGGUUCAAUUCUGUCCUAAAUCGGAGUUCUGAAUGGGGUACUCAUCCAUUUCAUUGGUAUUUCACUUCAGCACUCCCCCGAUCAUUGUUGGCUGCUUAUCCUCUUUCUCUGCUCGGAGUUUUUAUUGAUAGAAGGCUUUUACCCUACAUGCUUCCGAUUUGGUCAUUUGUUAUACUGUACUCCAAACUUCCGCACAAGGAACUCCGCUUUAUUAUUGGUGUUAUCCCAAUGCUCAAUUUAUCAGCAGCUACUGCAGCCAGUAGAAUCUUCAAUAAUAGGAAGAAAGGUUCUUGGGUAUUUCUCUAUAUUGGUUUGCUGGGGUUACUCUUGAGCAGUCUAGGUCUUACUGUCGUUACGUUCAUGGCAUCAUAUGAGAACUAUCCUGGAGGCUAUGCUCUUCAAAGAUUGCAUUUGUUAGGUGAGGUUGAAAGUGAUCAAAACAAGACUUGGGUUCAUAUUGAUUCCUUCUCAGCAAUGAAUGGAGUUUCCCGCUUUUGUGAAAACGAUUCACCUUGGAGGUAUUCUAAGGAAGAAGGUAUACAUUUGGGAGAAUUAAGCCAGAGAAAUUUCACCUAUCUUCUUAAUGAGCAUAAAGAAAUCAAUGGAUACAAGUGUUUAUUUGCAGUAGACGGGUUUUCCAGAUAUCAAAUCCGAAGGGAUUUUCCACCUAUUUCACUUGUAAAAGAACCUAAAGUAUUCAUUCAUGGUAAUAAGGAGAUGGCAAAUAGAAGAAGUUGGCAAGGAUGCUUGUGAUUUGAUUAAAUCAACUCAAUUGUUGUUAACUUAAUUUAAUGUCUUUCAACAAUCUUUGAUGAUUCUUCGGGAAAUUUUACCCCUGGCUAGGUUUUUUUCUUCUUUUC